AUGGUUUUAAAACCAGGUUUUAAUCACUUUUUUUUUUAUAAUUAUUUUAAGCAAAAAAUCACUUUUUUUCUUUUUUUCUUUUUUUUUCUUUUUGUAAAAGGAAAAACCAUAAAAAAAAAAAAAAAAAAAAAAAAUAUUAAAAGAAAAAAAAGAAAAAACAUUUUUGGGAAUAACAAACAAAAACAUAAACCCAUUCUAAAUAAUCAAAAAUAA